CGGAAAAGUCAAGGUUGAAAUAUAUAUUGCACCAUAAAAUUGUGAUUUACGAAGAAAUUUAUGUCUCUAAACCAGUGAAGUGAUAGUUGUGAUAGUUUUAGAUUUAAUACGUGCCUUGGAGUCACCUCUUCGGCUGGUCAAGAUGAUACUUCAACAAUCUUCAAAACUUUUGAUACUUCUACUAGUAAUUGCUAUCUCUUUUAUAAGGACUCAAGGCCUCAAUAGUAUUGUAAACGAACUUAACAAACGUCUUCUCAUCUCUACAAACUUUUUGUACUGCAACCGAACAGAUAUACUACAUGAAUACGAGAUCAAGUAUCUCCGACAUAUGCCACCCAUAAACCUGAUGAUCUUUAGCUCAAUUAAAUCCUUUAACGUCACCCAACUUGAGUAUAAUUUAGGAGCUGAUAACAAACUCUUUAUGAUAUUGGGCAAUGAAGAACCACCCUAUGAUUUCUUUCACGCUUUGGACUUGCAUUUUCAAAUGGCUGAAUAUAUUUUGAUCAUAGAUGGCUCCGUAUAUCUGAAGAGGGAAACCAAGUGGUUGAAUUUUGUAAGGCACCUGUGGCAGCAAGGUUACGCGAAUUUGCUAUUCUAUACCUCUUAUGAUGAAAAACUAUAUCACAAAAUCAUAUUUCCCGAGCUGCUGAUAGAGGAGACUUCCAUAAAGCAUUAUAUAUCCAUUAGGGGAUCGUUUAGAAACAUAUAUGGUUAUCCGGUUCGAGUUGCAGCCUACAAUAACGUUCCGCGCUCUAUGCUCUACGAGAAUCGCUUGGGUGAGAGGGUAUUUGCUGGGUUCUACAUGAAGUUUAUACGGGCUUUUAUUGCCUCAAGGAAUGGCAGCUUCGUGCCAGUUCUCACGCCGAGUAAUUCUCCUGGAAAUUGUACAUUACAUUUGCGCAAUGAAUCGGUGGAUGUUUGUGCCGAUGCCCUGGCAGCAAAUCCAGCGGCUUUCAGUUUAACCCAUGGAUUUAGGAUAGCCUCGGCGAAUAUUUUCGUGACCCAUGCAAAACCCCUACACUCCUAUCGAUAUCUUACGGCUCCAUUUCAAUUGAGUGUGUGGCUAUGUUUGGCUGCUUACGUAAUGCUAGUGGUAAACUUUCUGAGUUUAAUACACUGGCUAAGAAGUGGAAAAUGGGACUUAAGUAAACAUCUUCUCGAGGUAUUCAGCUCACUUUUAUUCAGUGGAUUUUACUUAAAAGAGCUUCACGGAAAAGAGAGAUACAUUCUCUUUGGAGUUUUGUUCAUAGCCGGAUUUGUCUACUCCACCAUGUAUCUGGGAUUGCUCAAAAGUAUGUUGAUCUCGGAGGUUUUCGAAAAGCAAAUCGAUACCUUUGAGGCAUUGGUAGAAAGUAAUAUAACCCUAAUGGUGGACCCGUACGAUCAGAUUUUAUUCGCCAAAUACAACAUGCCCAAGAUACUUUCUCUCAUAAUGGAACCGGUCAGUUUUCAUACUCUCUUGGAGCAUAGAAAUCGCUUCGAUCAGGAUUAUGCCUAUAUACUAUUCUCGGAUCGAAUGGCCUUAUACGACUAUGCACAGCAAUUCCUGAAGCACCCGAAACUCUUGAGGAUUCCUAUCGAUUUUUCGUUCCUUUACACUGGCAUCCCGAUGCGGAAGAGAUGGUUUCUGAAGCACCAUUUGAGCCACGCCUGGUACUGGGCCUUCGAGAGCGGUCUUACGAGGAAACUGGCCUUGGAUGCCGACUACGAGGCGGUUCGCGUGGGCUAUCUAAACUUUCUCAUCACGGAGCAUAUGGAGGCCCAGCCGCUGAAUGUGGAUUAUUUCGUCAUGCCGGCAAUUGCUCUGGCCCUCGGCUACAUCCUGGCCCUUUUGAGUUUUGUCAUCGAGAUGACGGCCUGGCGCAUGAGGGGAUUCCUGGGAUGCAAGAUGAAGAUGGGGACGAGUACCGGUUGACCAGGAGGCUGGUUAUGUUGAUGUUGAUUGAGUGACGGAUUGAAGUUGUGAUGUCUGCUUUACGUAUUUUCUCACAUUCUUGAUGUUGUAAAGCUGUUCCUAAAAUUAAUUUACCAGUCCUUGUAGGCUUGCUCUGAAUAUUUAAAAGGUUAGCAAAAGUGAUUCUUAAAGAAAAUAAAACUCAGAUCAAAAAUUGUCCUUAACCUAAUAAUCUUUCAUGUUCUAUAAUGCUCAAAUUGAUAUUAUAAAGGUAUAACAGGUAUUUUGCACAAUAAUUUUUUAGGGAUUAUUUAAGUUGUAUUAAUACGAACACUAUACUAACUUUUAACUGCUUCUUAAAUAUUGAUUGACCCAUUCAUUCUUAAGGCAUCCAAAGUUUCGGCGGAUACCCAUCGACUUUUAAUUUUUGUUAGCCCUGAGCAGAAAGUGGUUCCUCAAAUAUCAUCUUAGUAAGGCCUGGUUCCAUGGAUUUGAGGAAUAGCAAUAGGAAUACGAAAUGCUAAUAAAACUAUUUUUAUGCCAACUUUUUGCUAUUUUAUAUGUUGUUUUGAGAUCUUGUGAUUUUUCUUUUAUUUUUCUUGGUUUUAUACAGUUACAGUAACAUUGGUACACUUGAUGG